AUGACGCCGCAAUUCGUCAUCCAGCCGACGCCGAAGCGGCGCACGGCCUUCGAGUCGCCGCCCGCGAGCGAAGAGGCGACGCCAACGACGCCGGACCAAGGCUGGAUCGCACCAUUGCCUUCCAUGGAUGCGCGCGGCGAAGAGGAAGACCUCGAUCAUCCGCCCGACGUGCUUGAACCCCAAGGUGACGGGCUUGAAGCCCUCGCCAGUACAUCCCACGGCGUGGAAGACGCGCGCGAAGAUGUUGUGGCGUUGCAGUGGCUUGGUCAGGACGCAUCAGUGCAAGGGCUGGUCGAGUCGGGCAACGAGGAGUCGUCGGCUGACGAUUCAUCUCAGGAGGUUCAAGGUGGGCCAGAUGCGCUGCCCGGCCUCGUGGGGGAGCCCAUCGUGGCCAUUGCAGCGCCAAAUGCACUCCAGGCCAUGCCAUUGGCCUUCGCUGCACCAGUCGAACCGAUCGGCUUUGCAUCUGGUGGCGAAUCCGUACCAUCGAGUCCCGUUCCGCGGCCCUCAGUCGACGACGCCGAGACCCCAUUACUGCAACGCCACGACGCUUUUUACUCGUCUGUGCAUCUGCCAUCGAGAAGCUUGGCCUCAGAGAAGCCCGUGAUCGCGCCAGCCCAAAUUGAAGAUUCGCAGGAGCCCCUCGUCGAAGAGGUCAAGCAGUCGAUGCCUUUUUCCCGCACUGCGCCGGCCGAUGCAAGCUCCCACAAGCAACAUGGCCAAGUCGCGUCAUCCCCCUUUCGAAUCUCCCAGUCUCAGUUUGGACAAAUCGGGAAGGGCCUCCCGACGCGCCUCUUUAGCCAAGCCGUUGACCGAAAGAUCAAGCCCGAGCCUUGCGCUACGAGCGUUGCACGGGCGCAUGCAACUCGCGUCCAAAGCCGCACGUUAUCCAUUGCCGGAGGCAAGCGGCCUUCCCUCUCGGUGCCAAAAAGCAAGAACACUCGACCCAUGGCUCAGCCCGUAACGCCAGAAGCCGCGAGAGUGCCCGUCGAGCAGCAGCCGUGUGCUGCCAAGGUCAAACCCAUCUCGCUCCAGCUUCGCGACGGCAACGGCGACAUCGUGCUGCUUCGCGUCAAGCCAACUGCGCUUUUGAGCCGCGUCUUUGAGGAGUUUUCCAAGAUGAAGAAGGUUCCAUCGGACCAUUAUCGUUUCUACGUCGACGGCAAGCGUCUUCCUGGCGACGCGACAAUCGCCGCGGUCGAGCUCGAGCACGACGACAUCAUCGACUGCCUCGAGCCCCAAGUCGGCGGUCGCCUUGUGUAG